AUGCAGUCUUAUCUGCAAUUCCGACGAUUGGGGCAGAAUGUCCACAAACAGCUCGAGAAUGCUCCGGAACAUGGCGCAACUACUUCCAUGAAGGAAACUCCAGGCGGUUCACCAACUUUGGCACCUAAACAUGCCAGCGACGGCCUCGCUGAAUCAGACGUGAGCCCCUUGGCUCAGUUCAUCCCCGGCAUCGAUGUUCAAAAGCAACCCGAUGCUUCAUCUCCGAACUCUCAUGUCUUCGUUGUUGGGUGGGAGGGUGAGAAUGACCCUCUCAAUCCUUAUAAUUUCAGCUACACCCGCCGAAUGGUGGCAACCUUGCUCGUGACCGCGCUUGCAUUCAUUGUCGGUGCUGCAUCGGCUAUAGAGUCAGGAGUUCUACCUCAAAUCACCGAGGCAUAUGGUGUCAGUGAUGUUGUGGGAUCAUUGGUGACUGGUAAAAUCGUAUCAGUCCAUUCCAAAUGUGUGUCAGAUCUAACCUUUCGACCAGGUGUCUAUCUCCUCGGGUUUGCAGCCGGAUCGCUAGUCAGUGGACCCCUUUCAGAGAUCCUCGGUCGCAACGCUGUAUACGCUGGUUCUCUUACACUCUUCAUGAUCUUCAUCAUGGGAUCCGCCCUGGCUCCGAACCUUGGUGCACAGCUUGCUUUCCGCUUUCUGGCAGGCAUCUUUGGCUGUCCACCUCUGACAUGCGCGGGCGGUACUAUCGCGGACUUGUGGAAUCCUCUCGAAAAGACUAUCACGUUCCCCAUGUACGCCAUUUUGUCUUUUGGUGGACCUGUGCUGGCACCGGUGAUUGCUUCAUUCAUUGGACAGACAGGUGUUUUGGCAUGGGAGUGGACAGCUUGGAUCAUUCUCAUUGCCUCUGGUGCCAUUUUCGUUCUUGUGCUUCUCUUUCAGCCUGAAACAUACUCUCCGUUACUGUUGAAAUGGAAGGGAAAGCACUUGCGCCAGAAAACGGGUGACACUCGUUUCCGUUCUGCCAUGGAUAUGGACAAGGUAUCGAUCUUCAGCCGGAUCGGUGGCGCUUUAAAGCGGCAGUUCCUCAUCACCUUCCACGAGCCCAUCAUCUUGCUGAUCUCUCUAUACAUGACUGUUCUGUAUAUUGUUCUGUUCACAUUCUUCGACGGCUACACUGACAUCUUCACUGAUGUGCAUGGUCUGUCUCAAGGCCUUACCAAUAUUGUCUGGGUGGCAAUGUAUGUUGGAAUAGCUCUUGCUGGACUUCUGGUUCUUCCCAUCUACCGUUGGACCAAAACAGACUUCACCGCGGCUGCAGUAGCAAGCAAUGGCACAGACCCCGCAUUGGACCGCCAUGCCCUGGACAGCGUCCACACGCAGCCAGAGAUCCGACUCUGGUUUGCCAUGUUUGGGGCGCCCAUGAUCCCUAUCAGUCUUUUCUGGAUGGGCUGGACCGACUUUGCAUCAGUCUCCAUAUGGUCACCCAUUGUGGCAUCAAGCUUAUUCGGCUUCGGCUGUAUCUGCAUUUUCAUCAGCUCUUACAUGUACAUUAUCGACUCCUAUGGCAUUUAUGCCGCAUCUGCCCUGGGAUUUAUGACUGUGUCCCGGUACUUUGCAGCGGGGGGUAUGACCGUCGUUGGGAUCCCGUUCUAUAAGAACAUGGGUGUCCAUUGGACCCUGACAAUCCUGGGGUGUAUCAGCGCAAUCAUGGUUCCGGUGCCAUAUGUCUUUUAUUGCUAUGGCCCUGUCAUUCGGAAAUGGUCUCGCUAUGCUGCAGCAGAUGAGGUUAAGGGCUCCGUGUGA